CGAGUAUGAGGGUCAGGUGACAAUUGAAGCCGCACGACGGAAUCCUUAUACACAGAGAAAUUUAACAACUUUACAAGAUGCCGUACUGUGUUAUGCGUAGCAAUCUACCAAGCGAAAAACUGUCCGAUGAGUUUAUGAAAGAAAUGUCUGCGUUUUUGGCGAAAUUGCUAGAAAAGGACGAAAAGAGAGUGAUAGUUGCUAUUCAUAGUUGUCAGCGCAUUAUGAUUGCUGGAAGUUUGGAUCCGGCAAUUAUUAUGGAUCUAGAUGCAAUCGAUAGAUUUGGACCUGAAAAAAACCAAAAGUAUUCUGACGAAAUUUUCAAAUUUCUUGCUGAGAAAACUGGAUUAGGUUUUGAUAGGAUUAAAUUAAAGUUUUAUGAUUUACCUGCAUAUGAUGUUGGAGUAUAUUCCAAGGCAACACAAUAGUUGUUUGGGAAAUGGACGUGCACGAGAACAUGAUGUAAACUCACAAACUGUACCAAGGUGUAUAAUGAUUAUGUUUAGCAUUACUUUGCAAUAAAUGAACACUUUUUAGAUCCACAAUCAA